UUAUAUCUCUUCCUCCGUCCCAAUUAAUCAGACACUAGUUGUUCCCAGUGCUAUGAUCUGCAUUCCCCUUAAUAAUCACAUUGUUGGAGUCCAGCCAUGUUGGCUUGGCAAGAAUCAGCAUCAAUGGGCAGGCUGAGCAGAAGACAAUGAGUUUUGCGUGUAUUUGUAUAAGAGAGACUUUAGCAGGCAAUAAUACUAAUACAGUUGGAAAGUUUGAAAUUCCAAACAGAGAGGAAAUGUGUAUGUUUUUUAUAUUUUUGAAAGGAGGUAUGAGAGGGGCUGGGCUCCCUUUUGGUCAGUAUACACUGCAGACAAUCCCUGUUGUUAUUUUGGUGUGUGUAUGUGUGUGUGUGUGGUACUGAGCCCAGCCUGUAAGCUGAUUAAAGAAAGGUGUGUUCAGCAGAAAACUUUAGACGUUGCCCAGUGGAGCAGAGUAGCAUCUACCUAAUACUUUCAAAGUUAUAAACAGCCAGUCGGUCGUACAAUAACAAGAGUACUCAAUAUCUGCCAUUAAAUAGGACACAAAUGCACUAUACAUGUACUAGAACUUUGCUGUUCUAAUCCUGUGCCAGCUACCAUACACAGUUAUUUGCACAAAUACACAAGUGGGUGACAAAUAGAAAGAAAGAAAAACAACAACAUAAAAUGUCAUAAGGUAUUAGACUACCAAAAGCCUGUAAAUGGAAUACAGUUGUCUAAAUGAGAUGAAAAGCAAUUCAUUGUAUUUUGUUUUAUUAUUAUUUAUUUUGAACAUCUCUUUAUUAGCUUUAGCUUGAAUGAGGUAUGAAAGCAAAAAUGAAAACAUAGCACUUAGCAUUUCAAAGCAAUUCAGUAAAUGUCACAGUAAACACAGUGUGAUGAUUCAUUCUCUUGAUAGUGCCAUAACAUGCCAUUUCAUCUACGAUGAAAUAAUGGGAUAUAAAACGGGUGACCUUGCUUGUUGUUGAACUCCUUUAAUGACUCUGUUGUUCCCCUUUCCCCCGUCUUACCCUCUGCAUUGACUGGCUGCAGGCUCCUGACUGCACCAAAUCAGCAGAAUUGUCACCAUGGCAUCAAAGGAUCCUGUCACCUCACUAGACCAGUGGGUUGGUGAGUCUUGGGCACAAGGUGAAGUGGGUGCAACCUUGAGCUAUAACUUCCUUCUACAAGACAAAAAGGCUCCCAGGGCGGAACCUGAGGAGGACAUAGACGUCCUGGAGCCUGAAGCUCACAACAAAACUCUGCCAGAGAACCAAACACUCUCAAGAACUGAAAUAGCUGAUGCAACCAAAUUGGAAAAUCAGAAGUCAACAAGAAUUAGUCUGUGCACCCCCAGGGAGAGUGUGACAGAAUUAGAACAAGACGACCAUCUAUCAGAAGCUUUAAAGGCUCAAGAGGAAUCUGAAGAGUACAUUGAUCUACUUGAGGAUGCUUCCCUGCCUCCUCCUCCCUUCAGUGCUUUAUCAAGAGAAGAAUGCUUUGAGACAGAGGGAUUUUCCAGUCUCGAGAGGGAGGUGGCUGAGUGGAUCAGUGAUGGUGAGAUGAUCUCACGCUCAACUGAAGACCUUCCGUCUCCAGAUGUCUUGAAUAUUCAAGAACAGCCACAGACACCUCCUCUUGCUGCGUUGUUUGAUAGAGAGGUAAAUUCAGCACUUGAGGAGAUGACAGGAGAUAAUAUGGCAGAAGAGGUGAAUGUAACAGAGUUUAACUUCUCACCAGAUGGUAAGAGUGAAAGAAUAAAUAGCUUGUCAGGGGCGUCAGUUGCUGAAAUAAAUUCAAUUCAUGAUUCCCCCGCUGACAGAAACAACUCAGAUGAUGUAUUUACUGUGUCUUCCCCUCCUUUUGCUGAUGAAAGUGAGGAAGAAGAGGAAGUGAGCAGCAAUAUUACGUCUUGUCAGCAGCAAUGUUCUUCACUAGAUAUCAGAAACGAGCCUUUCCAACCGUCAUAUUCUGCCAACAUUUCAGUUUCUGCUGAAAAAACCUCAGCUCAGCCUGCAGUUCCCUCAGCCAAACAGCAGACUGAGCUGUUGACCCAGAGCCAGCCUGAGCCUGCCCCCAGGGGAGCAAACCAGGAAGUUGAACAACAGGUGCUCAGCCAGGGUUCUCCACCUUUGUCGACCGUUGCCAUGGAGCUGUCCAAUCAGGGCGGGGCAGCUUCUCAAGGCUCUGGUUGUGUGGUAGUUGUGAGAGAAAGGCACAGCAGGGCGGGGGAAAGGACAGUGGGAGAAAGCGAGCAAACAGGUGGAGAGGAAGGGCAGAAAGAGGGUGGACUUGAAAGGUACAAGGCACUUGAGCAGCGACACUGUGGAAGACUGUUAAAAGUUUCCAAAACAGUCCAAACACAAGAGCUUAAGACAGAAUUAUACAGAUUUAUAUCUUCCAAACACACCAAGAUGGAGAGUGACUUGUUUGAUGACAGCCAGAGCGACAGUGGAGUUUCAGCAGACUUCUCCCCAUGCAGCACUCUGGAGGGCAACACUACCGUCUCUCCAGGCACUCCGGCAGCUCCACCUAAAGAGACUCCCAUUGAACGGGAGAUCCGACGGGCUAUUGAGCGUGAACACAGCCUGAGAAGGGCCAGAGGGCUUCCGAAUCUACCCAUUUCACCUGAGUAUGUAGAAAUCCCUUUAAGGAAAACUGUUCUCUGCCAGUCAGUAACUGCAAAUUCUGAGAGGUGUCAAGGCAAGGAGAGGCAGUUUGCUGGCAAAAAGAUGCAGCAUGAGAUCUACGAGGAUGUCCAGAGGGAACUGGAUCUGGUCAAGCUUGGAACAGUCCCAGGUGUCUAUGACAAAGGCACCAUACGCCAACUCAAAGAGAGAAAACAGCUUUUUGAGGUCUUUCAGAAACCCAGUGACUCAACUUCAGCUGUAUCGACCAGGAAUAAGGCCAUAUCCUGGUCUUCUGCCAGUGACAUUUCGACCUUAGACAACCAUGAGGACAUCUCAUCUCAGGCAUCCACCUUAGGAGGCCCACAUGUAGAGAGAAGCCUCACACAAAGUCCAAAUUCAGUGAAAGGAAGUGAUUCCACAACUCUGACUCCCCGAGGACCAAGUUUCCCUGAGGGAACAGGUCCAGUCAUCAUCCUAGAGAACAACCUGAGUAUCCCAACACAGAAGCUCUACCAUGCCAAACCAGAGGAAGAUCCCAUCACUGCAGUCAACUUUGAAAGUUCUAACAUCUCAUCUUCCAGGACAGAAGGACAUGUUGGGAUUAAAGGAAGAGAGUGGGAAGAGGAGGAGGAGGAGGAAGAAGAAACAGAGGUGGCACCCAAAGAGAACCCCUUUUUCAAGCUGCGCUCCUCAGCCAAUCUAGUCAAAGUUGAGCAGGACAUCCGGGAGGCUCAGAAGAGGGAGAAGGAACUUCAUAAGCAGAGAAUCAGUCUGUAUGGGAGCAAGGGAGGUUCAAAAGGAGGGGGUGUGAGAGGAGGAGGAGGAGGAGGAAGACCAGCCAGCUUAGAAGGAAAGAAUCCCACUUUGUCUUCUUCUUCACUGAAUGGACUGACUAUGCCUGGCUCACCAUCCAAAGGAGCAACUGAACCUCCAGCAGCACGCCAGUCAGCUGGCAAGUUUGGCAUGUGGCCCCCGGCUCAGGCUGAGGAGGAGAUUAACCAGCCAGAGGUUGUCCACAGUCCCCGUACCCCCAGACAGAAGACACCUCUGGUGCAACUCUGGGAGUCAGGUCUGGUCAACGGACACAACAAGGAAGACAACUGACUGAGGGAACUGAAGGACUGGCUGAAAGGGGAAGGGAAGUGGGAACAGAGUAGAGGCGGGCACAGCAAUGAAGGGGAGGAAAGAGAGAGUGUGAGACAAGAAAGAGGUCAGAGAUUGCAGCUACAAAGGGGGUCAGGAGGAUUGGGAGCAGGGAAAAGGAUUGGUGGCAGACUGAAAACCCUGAAGAAUCCUUCAACGAGGAGGAGAGAAAAAUGAGGAGGAGGGCCACCUAUUAGUGUUUAAGCACUUGGCCUGCUUCUGCUGCUGGAAUAUUUACAGACUAAUGAAUGUAAAAAGCAAUAAAUAAUAAUAACUCUGCACUGGAGAUAAGAAAAAUGUAAACUUGGGAAGAACACAGUUUUCAAACCUUAAUGAACUCCUUUAGCACUGGAUGUUUGGAAUAACAAUGAGUUACCAUUUGUUGAUGAAAAUAGACUGAGUGGUACAGUAUCUGAGAGAAAAAACAAGAAGUCAUCACCACUUUUGUGCCUUUAUUACACCUGUACAAUAUAAUAUGAUAUAAACCCAUAUAAUAACCAUGUAAUAAAUCCUACCUUUGCAAAGCUCGGUCUGUUCAGGUUUUAUUGACACUG